CUCGUUAGUGCCUAGUGGAACUGUUCGCUCGUUAGUUAAAGAUACGCUCGUUUCAACACUAAAAAAAUGGACAAAACGAACGACUUCAGAUUAUGAGGUUGUCAGCGGCACUGUUAAUUAAAAAGUGUUUAGUGUUUGUGGAACGAACGAACGAAGCACCGCCUGAGUUUGGUAUCACUGCCAGCUGGAGUUACAGUGUAGUAAGUAUUAGUUGAUUGGAGUAACCUGGUAACCGCCGCGUGGACUGCGACGGAACGGCAACUAGCAACUAGCAGCGGAGCAAGCGUCCGUUUUUUACCACUCGCUCUGUUGCACUUCGUAGAUUCGUAGAUUCGUAGAUUCGCCUCGGUUAACGAAGAAUCAUUUGAGGGCAAGAAUGAGCUGGCAACAGUAUGUAGAUUACUUGCUGGGAACUAAGUGCGUGACGAAAGCGGCCAUUCUUGGUCUGAGCAAUGGACAAGUGUGGGCGACAACGCCUGGCUUCGCGGUGUCUGCGAUAGAGGUGGGGGUGUUGCGCAACGCCUAUCAGAAUCCCGAGGAUCUGUACAGCAACGGAUUAAUUGUGGCCGGUAUGCACUUCGUCUUCCUGAGACGCAGUGGUGAAUCGGCCCUGUACGGACGCAAGGGCGCUAACUCUGGUGGCGUGUGCAUCUGCAAGACCCUGACAGCACUCAUAGUCGGUUACUACGAGAAUGGCAUACAGCCUGGAUCGUGCAAUGCUGUUGUGGAGAAGCUAGGUGAUUAUCUCCGAGAGCAACACUACUAGAAGCGACCAUGCUCCGACCUGCACAUCAGUGACUUGAACCAUUAUUAUAGGUGUCCAGAAUUUUAAUAAUCACCAGCUGGAGUAUACGAUAUGUUGCUGGCCAGGAAUAUUUUACAAAACUACAUUUAGUUCUUGCAAUGAUGUUUCCGAUUCUGAAAUUUAUCUCUGUGAUGGAGGUUGACACAUGCCCUCAAAAGGGCAAAAAUGCCGGCUCUUCUUUUCUUUACCGAUGAAUGCAUGUGCGCGGACGCUGCAGUUUGUUUGGAAAAUGAAAUAAUUGAGAUUUGUGUUACGCCAGGAACUUGCCAUGCCUGAAAUAGUUUUGGGUCAUUUCGCUAUUCCACGUCGUGAAAUCGAAUGGUCUUCCAUCACUGCAGUCUAGCUGGGGUGCUUUCCCCUGUGGGGCAAGUAUAUGAUGUCACUCGUCGCAAUUGUUAAAGUAAGCCGCGGCGAUGUACUUCCUCAGUAACCUCAUCCUCAUUGCUUGACCUUUUCUGCUUGCCCUCUGUUCUAACCACACCCACACUCGUCUCUA